ACAUGACCGACCAGCCAAACUUUCGGUUAGAAUCUCAGAGUUAACGGUCGGGCGAACAGGGCUGUGAAUCAUAUCUUUCUAGUCAUCCAGUAACGUUAUUGUGAUAUUCCUGCCAAUUUGUUGUUAACAGAAUGAAUACCAGCAGCAUUUACUUUGUUAGUGUUUUAGUGUGUUUUUCUUUAGCGGGGCCAGUCAAACACCACGCAAAAAAGCAAAGGAACAAAGACAAGUUUAGUCCGAAAAUCGUCAGCACAUGCAACGCUCUGGAAAUUUGCAACGAAACCCGCACUUAUCCAUUCAAAGUGAUCCAGAGGCUGGUGAAGAGGAAGAAGAAUCUGCCACUGUUCAGCAAGGUGUCCCUAAUCGAGCCUGCUGAUGAUGUUCCCAUACCGAAACUGAGGGGACCCGGCAUGGAGCCGAAUAAUCUGUGCAAAACCAAAACGAUCACAGUCCUGCCCAAAGCUGGAUACGAUCACAAUUCUGGAGAGCAGAGGUUUAUCAUCAAUAUUAAGGAUUACGUGCAGUCUGUGGUCUAUGAAACUUGCGCAGAGCCAAACCAAGAAUGUAUAGAUCCAAAGAUGCUGCCGUUUGGAUUCCGAACACUUUGCAGACAAAAAUACAACAUAGUCCGACUGGUUUCGCUCAGUUCCGAUGGCAAAGUGGACUAUGGCAAAUUUAUGGUGCCCAGCACGUGUGUUUGCAGUUAUUGCAACGACAACACUAACGCAUUAUUGCCGUUCUAAAGUCACUAAAAUGGCUAUUUUGAAAAAAGUGUCCGAACGCGGCAGCUGCAAGUUUACGAAGACACUUUUUUACGGAACGCUCUCUUGUUCGCAUUUUUCAUUGCACUACACGCAAACGCCCGCAUUUAUCAAAAAUGCUAACGAUCAUCAAAAAUCGAAUUGGUUCCUCGAAUGUAUUUACUAGGUUUAGGUCCAAAACAUAGAGACUUAUUUUUUAGACUUGACUCUGCUAUUUAUUGACUAUUUAAUAUAGAUUAAGUAUUUAUUUUGUACCGAUUUUUGUAAUAAAAUUGCAUUCAAAUUUGCCA